ACACGGUAGAGGAGGUGGAGGCGCAGGAGGUGGAGGUAGAGGUCGACGAGGUUAAGAUGGAAGCCGAGGACCAUCUCGCUAGGGAAUACGUACAGGAGUUCGUUCUCGAUCAUCUCGAUCCCGCCGACGUCAAACGAGAGGUACGAAUCAGCUCACCAAUGAUGGUGAACGGUAGCGUGGUGCAGCUGCCUGGACAGGUGCAAGCUCAAGGAUUAGCCCUGGCGCCCUUAACGCCCCCGGCGCACGAGCUGGAGCAACCGCACCCCCUAUACGGGCAGCCGCACAUUCAGGUGCAGCACGGUGUGCUGGUGAAGGCACCACCGGGUACAGCAUCCCAUUUAACCACCCUUUCUCAUCCCGGAACCCCGCCGGAUACGCCACCGGUUUCGGCUUCUCCGCCGCCGUUGCAGUUGCAUCGUGGCGAAAGGGAUCCUCGAGAGAGGGGUCUUUUCCUGCAUCUCCAACAACCCGGUUCCAUCGUGCAGGACGAGAUGCAACCGAGUACAGGAGGUAUGGGCUGGUUGACGCAGUCCCUCAGGCAGGAACCGCUCGACCUUAGGCCUCAUUGUCCUCAGGAACAAACACCGGAACCUCAUCACGAGGCUUGGCCAUCCACACCCACGCAUCAUCAUUUCCAGGACCUGCAGCAACUGCAGCGUCACAGUAGACAUACUGGUGGAUACAUCACGAUGUCGGGUCACAUAGAGUACUAUGGGGGUGCGAAUGCAGGUGGCGGGAUGCUUCCCGCGGGCGGAAGUGGAAUGUCGGGCAUGGAGGACAGCAUGCAGGGGAUACAGAUGCAACCGGGAAGACCGAUGAGCGUCUGUUCAGUGAGUUCUUGCGGUGCAGGAGGACCUAGCCCUGCACAUAGAACAAGCAAUGCUCUGUACGGGAAUUGCGGCAGCAACAACCCCCAGGAAGAACUCAUGAACGACGAGUUGCUAAUGUCCCUGUCUGUGCGAGAAUUAAACAAACGCCUUCAUGGUUGCCCGCGGGAAGAGGUCGUGCGUCUGAAGCAGAAGCGACGGACCUUGAAGAACCGCGGCUACGCUCAGAAUUGUCGUAGCAAGCGUUUACAACAACGUCACGACCUCGAGACGACGAAUCGAAACCUGCAGAACGAACUUCAGCGAGUGAAGAUCGAGCUGGCGAGGGUCCAGCAGGAACGUGAUCUCUAUAAACAACGCUGCGAGAUUCUGAGAACGCGACAGAACCAUAAUCAUAAUCACAGUCACAACCAUCAUCAGCAACAGGCGUCGCAGCAGCAACAGUCGCAACAGCAACAGCAUCAGACGCAGAAUCAACCGCAACAGCAGCCGCAGCAGCAGCAGCAACAACAACCGCAGCAACAGCAGCAACAACAGCAGCCGCCUCAACAACAACAUCAACCAGCGCCUGCUAGUCCUGAAGUUUAUCUGUGACAUCGACAGCGCCGAGGAGGCGCUUGUUGGACCUGAAGAGACAUCCGUCGUGUGAUCGUGAGAUUCUCAAGUGGUGACAAGAGAUUGCAACACUUUACUUGAAGCUUGUAAAUGGAAGGCUGAAGAACACGACUGUAACAUGAUAUUUCAACCAAGCUUUACACGUUAUGGAAUGUGUUGUAGUUUCAAUUAUAUCACCCGGGAAAAAUUCCUUGAAGAACCAAAGUACAUUUACACUUGUAUCAUACACGAUUUUGUGGAAGUAGUUGAACAGUAAAAAAGUAUUUAAAUCAACGGCAAUCAUAUGAAAUAAUUAACAGGGAUACUGUCUAAAUUAGCUUUUUACUAGUACAAAUUUUAUUAAUACGAAAUUCUUAGUCUAAUUAAAUUUUUACAAAAUUUAACAAGAUUUUAUAUCACCAGCGUUAUAGAACAUCACAUAUGUAUCUUUAUAAUUAAUAUUUUGUAACUUCUAUAGCACUCCUUAAAUGAUUUAGUAUAUUAUAUAUUAUUUGGCAUACCAUGUAUUUUAAUACAUAUUUUUUGGACGAAUAUUAUUUGUACAUGUUAUGUGCUUUAAAGUUCGACUACUUUCGUGAUUCAGUGUGUUUACACAUCUGAACCCCAAAGCCAGAGUGUAGUAAAUUCACUUUUUUAAAUAGUGAUAUUCGACAUAUAUCUAGCAAUUAAAAUUUUUACUCUUUCUGAUAGUAAAAAUGUUAUCAUUCUGUCAUUGAAUUUCUAAUAUAACAGUGUAAAAAUAUAAAAUCCACAUCUUGUCUCAAGGAUUUUACAGCUCCUUUGCUGUUCUAUAAAGUUUAUAAAUUAUAAUUUAGUACACUCUUGGAAAUCAAAUAUUAUUGUAUAAAUUAAAAUUAAAAGUUUAUUAUUUAUUGUUUUUCUCUUUCAUUUGCAUUCAAUUUCAAGCAUGGAACUCUUUAGAAUGACCUCAUGCGGUUAUCAAAGUGGACUAAACUUUUUAUUAAAUUUAGACCCAGAAGAUUACCACUCUAGCAUCGUCGAAUCUAUAGGAACUAAGGUAACUACUUAUUUUCUUUAUCCUCAAAAACUAAAAAAAAUAACUCUCUCACACUUUACAAUUAAUACAAUUACAGUAAAUAGAACUAGUAAUUACUGAUUUAGUAAGCGAACAAAAAGAUUUUCUAGUGUUCAAAGAACAACCUUUAAAAUCAUUUUCAUUUACAAUAAAUUGUACUAUUAGUGACUAUGAAAAGUGCAAAAGAGUAAAUCGAAGUACAACAUAUAACAAACAUAUAAAAAUUAUAUAACCUAGUUACGAUGAUAAUUGCUUCCACAUAUUUGCAAAAUAUGGCAACAAAUUUCCCUUCUUUACAUCAUACUAUAAAAUAAUUUAGAUGGGAAAAGUGUUGAAAGAUUUUGCACAAAUAAAAACAAUAUGAUAUUUUAAAUUAUAAAACAUUAAUGUACUUGGUAAAGACCAAAAGCAGGCUAGAGAGACCCCAAAAUACAUGCAUAAAUAUUUAAAUUGGGUGUAAUAUGUAAUGCAAUUACCAUAAUAGCUUCGCUAUGUGGCUCCUGUUUAUAUUGUAGGAAUACUAUCAACUACUUAAAUGAUGCUUUUUUAAUUUUUUCUGCUUCUGCAACCCCCUAAGAGCCAUAUAACGAGAGUCUAUUGUAAAUAUAAAACAUACAAUAAUGUUCUUUUUAUAGACAUAGAAAUUA